GUCCUUACCCAGGACCUGGGAUAGGCAGAUGUGGAUGUUUGAUGGUAUUACAGAUAUCGUUGCAGGAUGGAAGCGGUUCCUGUUGUUGUUGUUGUUGUUGUUGUUGUAUUAUUUCCAGCAACACUGAUAAAAUUCUAGUUGUCCAGUUGGGUUCUUCUCUGUCCCAAUGUGCUUCUGUUUGGGAUAGGAAAACGUAUCCGUUUGCUUUCUCUCUCUCUCUCUCUCUCUUUCUUUCUUUCUUUUCUGUUCUUUUUAACACACAAUAUUUUUGACCGGGACAAAUGCAGUAUUAGAUCUGGAAAAAUUAUUGCCCACCCCAUUUAUUCAACAGCUUCCUCUCCCCACCUCCUCCCCCCCCCCGCUUCAAUGCUUGAUGUAAGAAGCUUAACACCCAAGUCCUGCCAGCCCUUCAGCUUGUUCUGUAAACCUUUUAUCCCUCUCGGUGGGAUUGUGUGUCACUGUGCUGCAAAUUGUGUGUCAUUGUGCCAUCCUUAAGGGUGCCUCUAGGCAGCAAACAGCCCAGGACAUGGACUGUUCCAGUUUUGCUUGACAAUAGCUGAAAACAACAGAUCUGUGACCUGCACCCAUAAGCAGUUUUCGUACAGACAGCGCCGGUCCUUUGACAAAUCUUAUUUGAGUUGAGCAAUCUUUUUCAGUUCGGCUCACGGCUGCUGGUGCUGUUCUUGUUGUCGUUAUUUUAAUCAAUCGUUUCUAGUGCUAGAACUGGGGUGGCGCAGUGGUUAGAACGCAGUAGUGCUGCAGGCUAACUCGCUGCUUGCUCCAGGAGGUCGAUCCUGACUGGUUCAAGGUUGACUCUGCUUUCUGUCCUUCCCAGGUCGUAAAAUGAGGACCCAGGUUGUUGGGGGCAAGAUGCUGACUCUGUUAACCUCUUAGAGAGGGCUGUAAAGCACUGUGAAGCGGUAUACAAGUCUAAGAGCUAUUGCUAUUAUAUGUUGAGGAAUUGUGGGUUCUUCUCUGUCUCUCUAUCUCUAAUUAUCUAUCUAUCUAUCUAUCUAUCUAUCUAUCUAUCUAUCUAUCUAUCUAUCUAUCUAUCAUAUAUAUGUACCUACCUGUCUGUAUAUCUAUCAUCUAUCUGUCAUCUCUCUCUCUAUCUCUAUCUCUAUCUACCUACCUAUCUUUUCAGUCAUGUCCGAUCUUCAGACACUGCCUGGAAAAACCCCUGCAGUUUUCUUGGCAAGGUUUUUCAAAAGAGGUUUGUUAUUGCCUCCUCUUUAGGGCUGAAAAAAAGUGGCUGGUUCAAAGGUCACUGGAGGCAAGACUAGAACUCACAGUCUCCCGGUUCUUAGCCUCGUGCCUUGACCCAAACUGUCCCUCUUCUACCUGUAAUAAAUUCAUUUGUCCUUAAGGUGCCACAAGGUAUUACAGACUAGCACCCAACCCUAAAAAAAGCUAGUCUGGAUCUGCUUUUAGCCGUGGCUCUCUUGGGCCCGAAUCCAUUAAGGAUUAGUAACUUGCUGUUUAUCUGAGAAAGACUGAAUACCUGAAGCUGUUUGUCCUCCAGAGAAGGGCACGUACUUAGUGAUCUUCCCGACAGCUCUGCUCACCGUACCAUCUGUCCACUGAGUCUUACCAGCUGUCACACAGAUGGAUCAAGGAAAGCCUGUUUUCCCCCUGGUUCCUGAUCUCCACUUAAAGAACUUGAGCAGACAAGACUUUAAUCAUCCUCUGGGCACCUUCAGAGAGCGAAGACCUGUCAACCCCAAGAAGAGAGAAGCUGAACUGUUGGGAGAUUUUUCCAUUUCUGGUGCCAAACGGCCUCUUCUCCACUCGGCUCCUGUCCUUAACCAUGAGAUCGGGGUUUGGGGACGCAGUCAGACAGCUGUUGUGCGGCUUGGCAACAGAUUCCACCAAGGAGAAAGACAUGGGUGUCCAGAGAAGCCACAGCUGGGAGCCAGUCAAGAUGAAGGCUCCGCCAAGGCAGAAGGCUGACCGGGACGCAGCCUUCGCCCGACAGAAAGCUCAGCGCGCUUCUCUAAGGAGUCAUUUGCGGGAGAAAUACCAUCUCCCAAAGAACCCGACCGAUGAGAAGCAGUUGGGAGCCACGGGGGGGAAGUCUCAGCUCCCCCGAGAUCUUCUGAGCAUCAUACAACCCAACGGGGCCUGGCCAGUCCCUUCCACCUUCCCCAACUUCGGAGGGAUAGAUUUGAAGUCCCUGCAAACCACCCUCCAGAGCCCAGGGCUGUCUUUCCCAUGCCCGGGGCAGUGUCGGAUCAUGUGAACGCUGCCUUUUCCAAGGACGCAGGAAAGAAAAAUCGGUGGGUAGCAGGACCGCCGGAUUUGCGCAAGGCUGCUUCGGCACACGCCGUCUCAUACAACCUGGGAAAUGUGUCCUCUUAGCUUUGGAGAAUGACUGCUGAGAAGACCAUAAUAGGGCAGCCUCGUCAAGAGGUGGCCUUAUAACCAUUGUACGGGUCAUCCUCGACUUAACGACCGCAACGGGACCCCGAAUUUCUGUGGCUAAGUGAGACACUUGAAUUUUGCCCCAUUCUGCGGCCUUCCUUGCCAUACGUAAGGGAAUCCUUGCAGUUAGUGACACCGUCGUUCAGUGAAACCGGUGUCAGAAGGUCGCAAAAGGGGAUGGCGUGACCCCUGGGACGCUGCGACUGUCACAAGUACGAAUCGGUUGCCAAGCAUCUGGAUUCUGAUCAGGUGAUCCUGGGGAAGCUAGAGAGGUGGUGCCUGUGAAAAACGGCAAGGAAGGUCGUAGAAUGGGGCAAAACUCACUUAAGUGUCUCACUUCGCCACAGAAAUUUGGAGCCCUGUUGCGGUUGUUAAGUCGAGGACUUACCUGCACAAUGCUUCUAGGGCCAUCACUUUUUUUUUCCGGUGCCCUUGUAACAUGGAAUGGUUGCUAAGGAAACUGUCGCAAGCUGAGGACCACCUGUACAUCACUACCUCUGCCCUUCACCGCCCACAUCCCACGUCUCUUCGUGGAUUGGAAAUUAAAUUGAUGUAAUUUAUUCUUUAGAUUAAAACCUUGCCUUUCCUUGAGCUGAU